UCCCAGCCAACCUGUCGUACAUCGAGCACAUCUUUGAGAUCUCGCGCCGGCCGGACCUACUGACCCUAUAUCCAUAGAUCCAUGUAUCCAUGUAUCCAUGUAUCCCUAUAUCCAUGUAUCCAUGUAUCCCUAUAUCCCUAUAUCCCUAUAUCCCUAUAUCCCUAUAUCCCUGUAUUCCCAGCCAACCUGUCGUACAUCGAGCACAUCUUUGAGAUCUCGCGCCGGCCGGACCUGCUGACCCUAUAUCCAUAGAUCCAUGUAUCCAUGUAUCCAUGUAUCCAUAGAUCCAUGUAUCCCUAUAUCCCUGUAUCCCUAUAUCCCUAUAUCCCUAUAUCCCUGUAUCCAUGUAUUCCCAGCCAACCUGUCGUACAUCGAGCACAUCUUUGAGAUCUCGCGCCGGCCGGACCUGCUGACCAAGGUGGUUCAGUACCGGACUCAGGUGCUCAAGAUCUCGGAGGAGGACGAGGUGGACACGAAGCUCACGCGCAUCCCCAGCGCCAAGAAGUACAAGGGUGAGACCCCCGGGACACCCCGGGACCCCCGGGACAGGGACAGGGAUCCCCCAGGGUGGGGACCCCCAGGGUGGGGACCCCCAGAGAAGGGACAGGGGGAAGGGGCAGGGACCCCAAGGGGCAGGGACCUCCAGGGACACGAAGCUCACGCGCAUCCCCAGCGCCAAGAAGUACAAGGGUGAGACCCCCGGGACCCCCCAGGACCCCCCGGGACAGGGACAGGGAUCCCCCA